AUGUGGUCUGUCAAUGAAAAAAAAGCUCCCUCUUGUGGAGAAACUGCAGCCCCCUCAAAGUGAUAUAGUGCGUAAAUUACAAGCGGUGCUUCACAUUUAAAAAAUGCCAUGAACAUGAACAAUUAUGUAACUGUGCCCAACGGACUCAAACAGAACCUGAUGUUUUUUAUGGGAGUUAUAGUUUUGCCUGAACUAUGCAGCCACAUUUUCAAAAGUUGGGAAACAAUUCAAAUAUAAUUGCACAAUUAAAUCAAUAAAAUGUCAAAACAAAAAGUAAAAAAAGGUUGUGCGUAUAAGGAUCAGUGGGGAAAUUCAGACUCGUGGCCCCAGUAUUUCUAAAGUCUUACAGCCCUGAUUAGUCCAUUUGAUUAUAGCAGCUAUAUACCUCCUCUCUUAAUUAACAACAAUGAAGGACAUAACAGCAAUAUUUAAAUAGCAUUCUCUAUGGAUACAGUCCAGGACUGCAAUGUCUGCGGCGUUCUGUCUGUGUGUCUCGUGAUUUGUGGUGGCUCUACCUUUAAUCUUCCGUAGUACUCAUUGUUAUCCCUCGCUGUGUUUUUCCUCUUGUACUGGCCUAUUCUUCCAAAAGUACGCUUUAAGAUUAGUGUUUUUAUUAACUGAUUGUGUAAUGUGGAAACCAGCCAAUUAAAUAAAGGCUUCGUGUGCAAAGAAAGACAUCUGGGCCUCAUUAUCUUCAGUGCUGUCCGCCUUAUCUCUGGAUGUCCGAGUCUCUUGACAUAUAUGGAUAAACCCGUUACUCUGCCGCCUGACAAUGUCCCAAAAUAAUCUGAGACGGCACAGCUGAGCCCCGCUUGGCGCUGCACACUGCUGCGCCGCUCCGCCGCCACGCUGUGAGAGGAAACACUGCUGUGAAAUCUCUCAUCAUCAGUAAUGACUAAAUUCAUCUAUUCUGAAUACUUAUCUCAGUUCCGUAAUGCUGGAGGUAAACGUAAUAAUGUUAUGUCGCGAGUGCGAGGAGAUAGGAGGAGAGGAGACAGACAGAGCGACGCAGCGUCAGAGCCGGAGGAUGUUGAGCCAGUGGUCUUUGCCAUCAGGAGAGGGGACGUGAAGGCUGUUAAUGAUCUGGCAACAUCCGCUCCUCUCAGCCUGCUGAAGGAGAACAAAGAUGGCUGGAUACCUCUGCAUGAUGCUGCCUUCUCCGGACAGACAGAGUGCUUGAAGAUCAUACUGAGGGCCCAUCCAGGAUCGGUAGACAAACGUACCUUGCAGGAGCAGACGGCCCUGCUGCUCGCUGUGUCUUGUGAACACUUGUCAUGUGUGCAGUGCCUUCUGGAGACAGGCGCCGACCCCGACAUCAGCAGCAAGAACAAAGAAACCCCUUUGUACAAAGCUUGUGAGUUGGAGGAUAUGGACAUGGUGAGCCUCCUUCUUACCCAUGGGGCCACUGUGAACCAGCGGUGUGGUCAGGGUUGGACAGCCCUCCACGAGGCUGUGUCCAGGAACAACACAGAGAUCUGUGAGAUACUAAUAAGAGCCGGGGCCGCAAUCAAUCCACCUAAUACUUACAGCAUCACACCACUCAUUGUAGCAGCUCAGCGAGAACAGAUGAGGGCGCUCUGCUACCUUAUUGGAAAAGGUACCUUUCUGCACAACAAUAUCACUCCUUUUAAUGUUUCUAAUCCCCAUUUCAAGGUUAUAAAAGACCCAUGCUUCUCUGUAGGUGCAGAUGUGAACAUGCAGACGUGUGAUGGGGUCACAGCUCUGCAUGAGGCCAGUAAAAAUGGCCACAAGGAAAGCGUUGCAGUGCUGUUGACUAAAAAUGCAGAUGCCAACAAACCCACCAACUCAGGACUGCUGCCGCUGCAUAUUGCUGCCCAAUUCGGACAUCAUGAGAUCGUGUCCCUGCUUGUCUCAGUGACAAGUCGAGCCAGGCUCCGGCACAGUUGUAUCAGCCCCCUCCACCUGGCAGCAGAGCACAACAGACACACCGCGGCAGCUGUGCUGCUCAAGACAGGUGCAGAUGUAAACGCCACACUGGCCGACAGUCACUCCAUCCAGUACGCUGAUCGACGAGCAACAGCUCUCUACUUUGCAAUUGCCAACGGCAGCACCGAGACGGCAGAGGUGUUACUGAACGCUGGCGCAAAUCUUAGUCUGGACCCAGUCAGUCCUCUACUGAUGGCUGUGCGGCAGGGCUGUGUCAGCACUGUGUCCUUACUGCUGGAGAGAGGGGCCAAUGUCAACGCCAGAAUUCCCUCCUACGCCACUAUGUUUCCCGCUGUUGUUGCCCUUUGCAUGAAUAAUUUGCCUCUACUCAAGUGUCUUUUGGACAAUGGCUGUGAUGCCCUCUCCUGUUUUACCUGUACAUACGGCUGUGCCCCUCACCCAACAUCAGGAGGAUCCCACAUAAGAACAGUUGGCAGCAACAGAAUUGUUUUGCAGAAUGACAAUAUGCUUCUUUUAAACUGCAGUGAGCCACCAGAAAGAGCAACACAGGUGUGGAAAAUAGGCAAAAGCAGUGACUCGGAUUUUACAAUAACUGAAAUGUUCUUUCAAAGUAUAUUUUUUUUCCCUUUUCAGUUCUGUGAGUGGAUCUCAACAUCCGUCAUGUGUAAAUGGGCAGGACCGAUCAUAGACUUGCUGCUGGAGCAUGUUGGUCAUGUUCAGCUUUGCAACAAGCUCACUGAACAGCUGGACAGCCGAGAAGAAUGGCUCGCUGUUAAGAGGAAGUCAUCGUCACCUCGUCCACUGCUGCACCUUUGCAGAUUUAGGAUUCGGACCCAAAUGGGGAGACACAGACUGAAAUCUCUCACAAGUCUGCCUCUGCCAGACAGACUGAUCAGAUACCUGAGCCUGGCUGACUGACUUUAAUCUGAACUUCAAGCAAUAUAGGCAUCAUAGAUGUGACUAAAUUUAUCAAUUUGUGUUCUUUUUUUAGCUUCAUCGCAUAUCUUUUAUCUGUAGAUGCAAUUCUCUAUGUGUAAAAUAUCUAUUUAUAACAUAUGUAAAACGUGAUAAUAAGUUUCUUUAAUCUGUCCGUCAGAGUGUUUUGCAGUUUCACAGAAACGCUCAAUGAAAGCAAAAAUAAUCUAAUGCCCAAAGGAGUUCUCGAGGGAAGUUGAAUCAUUUAUUUAAAAAUAAAAGUCACUGUUUCAAAUGGGCCUAUCUAUCAUACAUUACUUUGACAAAGAAAAAAGCAAUCUAUGUCCCACAUUCUAUUCUCAUAGUUGAAAGACAAAAGUAAAACAGGAUGUGCUCAUUCAUUUGCUGACUUUUGGUGCUGAAAAAAAGAGCAUUCAUCCUCUGCAGAAACCUAAAAGUAGAAACCUUUUAAAUUACUGUCACUUUUCAGAUACUUGGAAAGGCAUCAGACAUGAAAGUGCACAUGAAGACGCUAUUCUGCAAGUGCAACUUAGCACUUUAGAUUUAAACAAUAAAAAUAGAUUACGUUUCCAAUAAGUGCUCGAGGAAGUGUCUCAUGUACAAAUGUUGAAAAAUGAAGAGUUGGAUUUGUAGAAUGCAACAUGAACAUAAUUAGUCCUAUUUACACAUUUUCGGUGUGACUGCUCCAUUAGUAGGGUAAUUAAAUGAAUCCAAACACACUGAAUAUCGGUGACUGGACGGUGGGUUUGGUCGGUAUGGGUUUGACCACAACGUGCGUGUGGAUUUUCUGUCCAUAAGGAUGCUCAGGUCUCUCUGUCUCUGCUGCUUUAGUCCACAGUCCCAGCGGCGGAUGUGGGACAACAAUGUGACUGUGGAGGACCUGGUGUCCGUGGUACUGGAAGGGGCAGCAGCCGCACACAUUCACGCAGUGGUGAGAGGUCAGGUCCAAUUUCAGCGUCUCUUUAUCCGCAGAGCUGCGCCGACUGGACGCCGACAGAGCGGCCUUUGUAUCAUCCUUAUCGCAACUCCGUUUCCUCUUGUCAUUCUCACUGCUCUCGGAAGUUCCUGCAUGGUUCCUUUUUAAUCCUAAAUAUGAGUGCUCCCUCUUAGUUGGGGUCAAUUUAGGUUCCUCCCAAAACGAGGCUGGUAGUUGGCGUUUCCUCAUGGGUACCUGCUCCACGGCGCUCCCCACAUUCUCCGCACAUUGUGCAUCCGAUCCGGCCUUCUCCGUGACCUUCACACUCUGGUGACCAGUCCCCACCGGUUUGGCGCACCCAUACUCAGCAGACCUGUGCGUGUGGCAUCUCGGGACUCUGGAGUACUUUUGGGAGAAUCGCUUCAGUUGUUUCUGCAGAUACUUCCUGUGAUCCACGGAGCGUCUGCACGGAGCUGACUUGUCCAAGGCCGCUUUGAUAUCGCUGGAUGCCAAAUUCACAAAAUUUAGCAACGUCUUGACUUCACUGUCUGCGUUUGCCAUAUUUGCAAAGGUUUUGAUUAAAUCAGUCCAUGUUGGAUCUUGUAGUCCACCAUCAAGAUCUAAAGGGGAAUCAGAAAAACAAUUUAGGAUUUGCGCAAUUGCACAUUUUUCUUUUAAAGGAAUUCUGCAACCAAACCUAAACUGAAUGUGAUGGUUCUCAGUUGAUAUUUGUUCAGAGUAAUAAUAACCCAUUGCUCACCACUGCUGGAUGGCUCCAGACUCACUCGAAGCCACAGUCCAAGCACAGACUUCCCUCCAGGCUGAGCACUUCAACAAGUUGAAUGAAUAUAAACUCCUUGUAGUUGUGGUGCUUUCCUUGAACCAAUCAGCGACCCCAGGCCCCUCACAAUGCACCCAAUCAGCCUCCAA